GUGCAGCUGUUUUUGCACUUUUCAGAAGUAACGAAAGCAGAUUUGAGGAUCCACCCUUCAUUUGUAUUUUUUUAAACGUGAAAUAGAAGCUGUCUUUGUCUUUAAAGUUUGCCUGCUUUAUGAGACUUUAAUUAGCAGUUGGCAACCAUGGCAGAAGAAUAUAGAUUGCCAGUGCAGGAGAGUUCCCGGAAUAGCCUAACCUUUAAUCAGCACACUCCAUUGGGCUACGAAAUGCAGAUGCUUUGCUAUGAGUCUGGAGAUUUUCCAGAUCUUCAAGAAGAUUUCAGAAAUGCUACCUAUGAAUGUCACAGUCUGGAGCAUGAGAGCUCAAGAUAUUUUUCUCAGUGUGAAAGCAGCAGCAGAAACUACACAAAACUCGUGGACUUAAUGCAAGAAUCCAUUCACCGAUCAAAUACAACCACAUGUAAAGAAAUCCUUGCUACAGGCCGUAAAUGGGCACGUGACAUGGGAGAAAAAGCACAAAACCUGGGAAGCAAGUUUGCUGAAGCAUAUAAAACUUUAAACAGACUUCUGCAUAAUCUUUGGAUGAAACUUCCAAGUAGGGAAAAAGAAGCCCAAAACACUGCAGCCAGUGAUAAUGACAGAUGCAAUGAAAAUGUGUUCAAACAUAUGUGGAGAUUAAUUAGUAAGGCAAUCCAUCGUUUUAUAAAGUGGUUCUGCUCUCUGUGGAAAACUGGCUGCUGUGUUGGAAGUAAUACAUCAGCAACUGAAGAUGGUACCAGUGAUAGUGAGGAGCCUGAGGAAGCAGAAGAAACGAGCACAGAAUUACAAGGAGCUGUGGAUGAGCAGAUGGCACUGGCAAAACUAAAUGUGCUAUAUAAGACAAUAAAAAGCUGUCAAGAAUUGUGGGAGAGGCUUUCAAAUUGGUUCCAGGAUUUAUAUCAGAAAUUUGACAUAAUCAAAUUACAGCUUUCUCUUGGAUGUUCAGAUACUAUGACCACACAGCUGCAGUCUUGGAAAAAGAACUGGCACCGUUUGGGGGAUUUAUUUCAUGAACUGUACAAUAAAUCAUCAGCAGAAGAACAAGUACUGGAUGAAUUCCUUAAUGAUGAGCUUCCGCAACCUCUCACUGAGGAGUGGAAUAAACGAUGUGAAAAGAUCACAGCCCAGAUUCAGAAUACUGAAACUGAAAUGAGGAUGAUCUUACGUACAAUUGGACGUGGUGCUUAAUAUUGAUACAAAUGCAUUUAAUUAAAAGAAUAGAAUAUUUUUGAAUAAUAUGCCAAAUAAAAUUAAUUUUGAUUCUUAUAAAUACUGCACCCUAAUUUCAAAAUGAGCUGGAUGACAACAGCAAGGAGAUAUGGAUCCUACAAUGGACAUGUUACUAUAGGUUCGUUUGAUGGUAUGCUAAAGCAGAAUGUACAACUGCAGUAAUAAUACAUGCCGAGUCAUUAUGGGAUCCUGACUGUACUGUACUGUACAAAACAUAUAUCAUAUAAUAUAUACAGGCUAGAAACUGAAGUCCAUAAUGCCCACUACAGUGUGGCUAAAUAACAUCUAUGUCCAAAAACUAAUUCAGUCUGUCAAUGUUUUUGAAUUUUUUAGGUCAGUGGAUAACGUAUUAGAAUAGGAAGCAAUGCAGUGGGAAAAUCAAUUAGUUAAUCUGUUGUUUUUGUUCAGAGCUGUGUUAAGAUUCUGUAUAUGUAUGUGUCAGGCCUUCAAACAAAGCACUAAAGCAGAUGUCCUUCAUUAAAGGCUCUGUAUAUCAAUAAAGGUUUCUCUUUAAUGUA